UACAUUUUUUUUUUUAAAGGCUGUAAUCCAAAGCCAGCAAAGCAAGCAGAGGCUACUUGGAAGUUGGCAGUAGUGGAAAAGACAAUGGAUGGCGUAGUUAGGCAGCCAGAUGUUGCUCUUAACUGAAUGCAAGUUAGAUGAUAAAGGCCUAACUAACAAUGGGGAGUUUUGUGGCUGAUCUGUUUGUGCUCCUGCUGAUUUCCACAGGACAAGUUUACGGAGUGUCCUUCUACGGUGAUGGCUACAUCCACCUGCGGACAGUGGAGGCAUCCGUUCAGACCUUGCUCCAUGUCCGAUUUCGAACCUCCAGUCAGGCAGGGCUGCUGUUUUUGGCAGCAGGACCUAGAGACUACUUGCUGCUGGAACUGAUCUCUGGGCGUCUGCAGGCACGCCUAGACCUGGGUUCAGGUGAGCGUUCACUACGCUCAGAAAAUGGCAUCCAACUUAGUGACCUCGGGUGGCACUCUAUGGAGCUGACCCACGACCGCCAUAAUGUCACCAUGAUCGUGGAUCGAAAUUUUCACACUAGCCUCCGUAUGCCAGGACCAGAUCUGGAGCUCAGAGUGGAGGAUGGACUCUUUGUUGGAGGAGCAGCUGGUCUGGAUCAUCCAUACCUUCUCAACACCUCCAGGGGGUUUAGAGGCUGUGUGGAUGAACUUGUGUUCAAUGAACAUAACCUGCUGUCCAGUCUAAGGCCAUAUUCUGGGUACAAGAGCAUCCAUGAGGUGUCACUGGGCUGUAGUCCGCAGCUUUCUGCGACAGAAGAAGAUCCGGUCAGUUUUUUCAGCUCCAAAGCUUUCAUCUCACUCCCACCGUGGGAGGUGCCACAGGAGGGACUGUUUCAAUGUGAACUUCACCCCUCUGCAAGAGAAGAAGAUGGCAUUAUCCUGUACAGCUCUGGCAACCAGGGAGAGUUUGUUGCCAUAGAGAUCAUAGAUGGUUACCUGGUGGCAACAAUAGGAAAUGGAGAGGGGAGUAAAACUGAGCUGCGUUCUCUAACACAUGUUCACAGCAACCACACCUGGUACCCCAUCCAGCUGCACCUGCUACCCCACAGCAUCCACCUGAAGGUAGACAAGGAGUUAAUCAAGGCUGACCUGAGUCUGGAGCUCCAAGUCAUCCAGCUCAAAGGGCCUCUCCUCCUGGGAGGGCUGAACGAAGAAGCUCUGGGAGAGGCACGGCGAGCUGGGUUGUUCUCUGCCUCGUCUGGAGGAGGAGCCUCCUUUAAAGGCUGCCUCCGAGAAAUUAGGGUGAACACUCAAAGAACGGGUCUCCCUCAUGCUGCCAUCACCAAGGACAUCACUGUAGGCUGUAAGACAGGACAAGCCCUUGUGACAGCGACCACCAUCAGCCCAACAGACCGCCCUGAGUUAGAUUUUACAACUUCACAACCAAUUAGCAACAGUAAGAAGAACCCUAACUUUUUACUGCUGAGAACGCUAGACGUAGCAGAAGGAGGCCGAGCACCACUGGAGCCCAAACACAUGAAGGUGAAUCUGGAUUUUCGGAAAUUGGGCAUCCAUCCUUCCCAGUUGAUGUUCCGCAUUGAGGAGCAGCCUGUUCACGGCCAGCUCCGGCUGGACCUCAGACCAGACCCUGAUGGGAUGCUCGAUGAGGGGCAAGAAAGAACUAUCACAUUAGGAACCGAGGAGAAGGACCGGACUUUCAGUAUGCUUGACCUAUGGCAGGGCCGGGUGAUGUACGUUCACAGUGGGUCAGAGGACCAGAGUGACUUUUUCAUGUUUUCAGCCUUCUCCAACAAUAAAAAGGAGCUUCCUGUGUUUCUGAGGAGCAACCGUCUUCACCGGUUUGAUAUUAGCAUCAGUCCUGUUAAUGAUGCCCCUGUGCUCAGCCUCCCAGAGGGAAACCUUUUUACCCUGCUCAAGAAGUCCAAACGACAGCUAACAACAGAUGUGCUGAGAGUGUCAGACCCGGACAGCAGUCCUGUAGAGCUGGUGUUCAGCUCCCUUGGAAACCUCAACACUGAGGCUGGACACCUUGAGCACCAGGAUUACCCCGGCAGGGCCAUUAACUUGUUCUCCCUACAUGAUCUGGAGGACAGUAAGAUCAACUUUGUCCACACUGGGGUUUCCACCUCGAGGCUGCCACUCAGGGUCAGCGACGGGCAGAAGUUGAGCAACACAGUAGUUUUGCGGAUCAUGGCAGUGGCACUCGAACACAAACUGGUGAAUAAAACAGGACUGGAUGUGAACCAAGGCGAGGCUUCCAUCAUCACCACCAACCAUCUCGCAGUACAAGUAAAUGUGGCUGAUCAGGCAGCGGAAAUCCGAUACGACAUAACAGAGCCACCACGAUAUGGUGAGCUCCAGCGGUUGCACUCAAGUGGCGACUGGAAACUUACAACCUCGUUCUCUCAGAAACUUUUAGAAAAAGAACGGAUCCGAUACCUCAGCACUUACCAUGGCCUUCAGACUCAAAACAAUGUCACUGAUCAGUUCAAAUGUAAAAUCAGCAUCAAUUCACUGGCUACCGAGGAGAUUAUUUUCCCUAUUGUGGUUCGCUGGAUCCACUUCAAGGUCACACGAAGCAAGAUGGAGGUCAAUGGUGUUCAGUCGGCUGUUGUCACUCCUGAGGACCUCCAUGUAGUUUCAAAGGGUGUCAAACUCAAUGAGAGCAACCUCUUUUUCAGGCUCCGUACAGUACCAAAGAAAGGUCAGCUGUUCCUCGACGACAAAGUUCUACAAAAGAACUCAACCUUCAGCCAGAAGAAUAUUACAAAUGGUUUGCUGAAGUACGAGCUGCUCAACAGGGUACUCGAUGACACAAGAGACACAUUAAGCUUUCAGGUAUUUUCAACACACGCCAACUCGACAAGUUACGACUUCAGAAUCAACAUCAAAACCGAGUCAACAGCCUUCACCAUUGUAAACAAAGGCCUUUCAAUACUGGAAGGAGGGAGUAAAGUCAUUACCAAAGACAUCUUGUUCACUCAGACAGCAAGUAACCGAGAGGUCCAGUACAGCAUCACGGUGAGCCCCAAGCGUGGACAGAUCAGAAAGAUCAAUCUCUCCAACUCAACAUCCAUUAAUGACAACAUUGUAAGCUUCACAAAUCAGGAUAUCAUGGAGGAGAGGAUUAUGUAUGUUCAUGAUGACAGCGAGACCAAACAGGAUUCUUUUACGUUUCAAAUCGUGGUUUACAAACCGCAUAAACACACCAGCAAGAAGGAGGACAGAAACACAGCCGAGCACACCUUUAAUAUCUCCGUGCAGCUUGUCAAUGAUCAGAGACCUGUCAGGGUCGUUGAUAAAGUUUUCCACGUGGCCCGCGAUGGCCAGAGGUUGGUGACGUUGAACGACCUUCGCUACCGGGACGAUGAUUCUGACUUUGAGGACAACUGGUUGGUGUACACACGGAGGGGGAUUCCCAUGGGAGAGCUGGUCCUGGCCGGUGACCCCAGUCACAAGCUGUACGAGUUCACACAGCGGGACCUCGAGCAGAAAAAAGUGUUGUUUGUCCACAGAGGAGUGAGUUUCGGACGUUUUGUGCUUUUCGUAUCAGAUGGCAAACAUUAUGUUUCCACACUGCUUGAGGUGAUGGCCCAGGAUCCUUACUUACAGGUGGAGAACAACACAGGCCUCAUGGUCCAGCGAGGUGGAAUCACCACCCUGACCUCCACUAACCUCAGCGUCUUCAGCAACCUUGACAUACGAGACCCACAGGAAGUGACAUUCGAGGUCUUCCUUCCACCUAAACACGGUGUGCUCUGCUUUAGUGAUGGAGAUCAAGACGCUGUAAAAGAAGCAGAUGCAAUUUCAAUAUUCACCCAGCGGGACCUGGUGGCAGGGCGCCUGGCAUAUCUUCAUGAUGGCAGCCAUGAAUUGUCAGAUUGGUUUAAUGUGACGGCAAGAGCAAGGGAGAAAAGCACAGAGAGGCAACAGGACAGAGGGAGGAGGGAGGUGCAUCUGGACAUCGGAGUGCCGGUAAAAAUAUUCCUGGAGAGCCAUCAGAGGCCGCCAACGGUCAUAAGCAACCGUCCAGUGGUGGUGGCAGAAGGACAGAAUGUCUCCAUAAGCAGAGAACAUUUAGAGGUGGUCCACGAGGACAGCCAGCCCUCAGAGAUCAUUUUUACUGUCCAAAGUCCUCCCACCCUGGGUUUUCUUCAGAGGUUCUCCCAUAUCAACAAGCACCUGAACAACAAUGGAGAACAGCAGCACCUCUAUCAGGGCAUCAGAGAGCAGCAGACAACCUCCUUCACCCAGGACGACCUGAACCAGGGAUUGAUCGUCUACCAUCAGCAGUCCACAGGAAGCACCAACGACUCUGUUCUGUUGGAGGCAACCAACGGGGUCACAAAGGUCGGACCUAUCAGGCUGGAGAUCGAUAUCAUUCCUAUCCUGCUCCCUCUACAGGUGUCUGACUUGACCCUGGAUGAGGGGUCAUCCCUGCCGUUGACUUGUGACAUAAUUAAGGUUGCCAAUCAUCACUUCUCAGACAUGAACUUCCUGUAUCAAGUGAUCGAUCCACCACGACACGGACACUUGGAGCACAGCCGGAUACCGGGGAUGCCCAUCACUGCUUUCACACAUACUGAGGUGGAACGUGAGUACAUCUCCUAUAUCCACGACGGCAGCGACACACAGAGAGAUAACUUCACCAUCGUGGCCAAUCAGACAGAAAUCAGGAAGCACAGUCUGCCCUGCACUGUUCACAUCAGUGUCACACCCGUCAAUGAUGAGACUCCUGUCGUUACAACCAACCGGGGUCUGAAGGUGUGGGUGGGUUCAGUGACAGAAAUCACCACAAAUGAUCUCAGUGCAGAGGACUCUGACACACCGUCCGAGGGGCUGGAGUUUGUUGUCACACCACCCAGCAACGGCCACCUGGCCCUGAAGAGCGCCCCCUCCAGACACAUCCUGAACUUCACCCAGAAUUACAUACAAAGUGGACAGCUGGUGUUUGUGCACAGUGGUGCAUCGUCGGGUGGCUUUCACUUCCAGGUGAAUGAUGGUGUUAACUUCGCCCCUCGUCAAAUCUUCAGCACGACUGCCCACUCUCUGGUCCUCACCAUGCACAAAAACCAUCCAAUGGAGGUGUAUCCAGGCUCGGUGACACCAAUCUCUGAGCAGGAGCUUCAGGUGGUAACCAAUGACGUCAGCGAUAUCAGAAGAAACCACUCUGUAGUGUUUACAGUGACUGCUCCUCCUAAACUUGGCCGCCUGGUCCGACGUAUGCCUGACAACUCUACACAAAACAUUUCUACAUUCACACAAAGCAUGGUGAAUGAUGGAGUCAUCCUUUACGAUCAGAACAAGCCGGAGUCAGUGGGAUGGUCGGCUGCAGACUAUUUCUCUUUCACUGUGUCUUCUCCUCCUGCUUUCCUUCCUCCACACACCUUCACCUUCUUAAUCUCCUACCAGGCCAACGAACAUCAUGACCACCCUCAACACAAGACCAGACUACUAAACAACGCAGGUGCUGUGGUGGCAGAGGGAGGAAGGGUGACGAUUGACAGGUCUAAACUCGAUGCCUCCAAUCUCCUGGGGAAAGUUCCAGAGCCCCGACGGAAAGACCACCACGUCCUAUACCGUGUGAUUUCUCUGCCACGUCACGGGGCUCUGUCUAUCCGAGGACAUAACCUCACCAGAGAUCAACCAGAUUUCUCACAGAUCACCCUGAAUAAACUUGGCAUCAUGUACAUCCACGACGACUCUGAGACGACGACCGACAGCUUCACUUUCCGGGCUUGGGUGGCUCCUUUGGAUCUCCCCCCCUCAUCUUCCUCGUCUGCUUUGUCCUCGGAUUCCUCCUCUUCCUCCUCCUCCUUUUCCCGUCUCUAUUCAGCUUCAUCAUCCUCCUUUUCGUCGUUAGACACAGUGUCUGAUCACAGAGUCAAAGACAGCCUGGCAGUGACGGAGAUGUUCAACAUCACGGUGACACCAGUCAACGACCAGCCGCCACUCAUCAGGAGCAGAGCCCCGAGUAUGAAGGUGGUAGUCGGAGAGAGAGUUGUGUUUGGUCCAGACUAUCUGCAGGUUGAGGAUCAUGACACCCCUCCAGAGGAGCUGCACUACCUCGUGAUCAGUAAGCCCAACAAUGGCUACCUGACACUGGGGGAAAGACCAGAGCCGGUGACCUCUUUCACCCAGUAUGAUGUCAACCAUGGCCGGCUUCACUUUAUACAGCAGGGUGAGCCCUUGACAGGAGUUUUCUACUUCAAUGUAACCGAUGGUUAUCACCGUCCACUCUACAAACUGUUUAGUUUGGAGGUGAUUAAGCCUUCUGUCUCCAUGGUGAACAACACUGGCCUGUCAUUGGUUCAAGGCAAGAGUGCUGUGGUCCUCACAACCAACCAGCUGGCAGCUCAGACCAAUGGUCGCAGCCAGGCCAAGAUCACCUACACGGUCGCCACACACCCUCGCCACGGACGCAUCGCUAUUGACGACCAGGAGGUCAUGACCUUCAGCCACGAGGACCUGCAGUUCGGUCGCGUUGUGUAUCACAUGACUGAUCUGAGCGAAUCGGAGGAUAGCUUCCAAAUCUCUGUGUCAGCCUCGUCAUCUGGUGUUGAUUACGGAAAUGUAACAGCACAGACAGUGAAGGUAACUGUGCGGCCUCUGAUCUACCUGAGGGAGCAGGUCAGAGUACCCAGUGGUAUCGCCGUGAAAUUGGGGAAAGCCAUGAUCGAUGCCUCUGAACUGGCGAGAAUCACUCGAGCUGACCCGGUCUUUGAGGUUCUGUCUCCACCAAAACAUGGAAAACUGGUCAAGAUAACCUAUGACCCUAACCAAGCAUCCGAGGUCCUAAAGUCUUUUACGUUCAGAGAUGUGGUGCAAGGCCGAGUCGCCAUCGAGGAGACUCUCAGUGACGGCGACAACCAGCUCCAUGAUAACAAAUCAGCGCUCACAACAGCUCAAGGCCACACCCCCGCCAGACCUCUCAAUGAUUCUUUCAUCUUCCUGGUGAGGGCCGGUAAUGUCCAACCAGCGAAGGGUGAGCUUCAUUUUACCAUCUUACCCCACCAUCAGAUGCAUCACGGUCUGGGUGCUGUAACUAAAGCAGAUGGUGCAAGUCGCGAACACACCACAACCCGUCUACCGACACAUAAUAGGACUACUACUGGAGGAGGAAGAGGAGGUGGACGAGGGGGAUCCACAACGCACAGCAGGGUUGAGGAGGGUUUGCACCCCCACAUUUUGUCACAUAAAAACCACAACAGGACACAGCACAGGUUGAGGCCUCACGGUCGCUGGGGGAACCACACACACGGUGGGAGUCAUGGAGGAAGAUCAGGGAGUGGUCCAAAGGGAGCUGGAGGGGGUCACAGCCACGCUCCACAACCGCACCCUCCUUCUAUCUUAGAAAAACACGGUCCAGCUAACCCUCCUGACACCCACCUGGUUCACGUGGAGGCCCUCCCUCGCCCUGCCUCCGACCCCCUCCUCAUUAUCCUGCCACUGCUGGCCUGUUUGCUCCUCGUCAUUAUUCUCGUGAGUUUGAUUCUGGUGUUCCGCCACCGAAAGGAGAAGGCCCGUAUGCGGCUCAUCCAGGAGCUCGCUGCAAUGCAGCUACCCACCGAGGGCAGCCCUUACCUGGGCCGGCCGGAGCGGAGUGUGGCGAUGCCAUCUGUGGUAGUCACCCCCCUUGGCCCUGCAAGCUGCCCUACCUCACCGCGGAUACCCAUAAGUCCCAGGAGGAGGAGUCUGGCCCCUGGGAUGACCUUCUGGGGGCCAUUUGAAGCUGAUGGAGCAGGUGGCGAUGGGAAUAUUAGAGGUGGAAUAGGUAUUGAAAGAGAUAAUGUAACAUGUGGUAAUGCACUCCAAGCUGUUACAGCAGGAUUCAAGACCUCUGUGGGAUCUACGUCUCCUACUACAACUCUUAAAGACAACCAGUACUGGGUUUGAUGGAGGUAAUUCAAAGAAGAACUGUGCCUUAGAGGUGUAUUCUUGGUGUGAAGGCUAUACAUGGCACAUGUCUACUCUCUAGGGGACAUUUGUGGUCAUAAGGUACAUCUGAUCUACUAUGAACUUUUUAUAAAAGAGCAAAUUGUGCACAAUUGUAGAAAUUGUUUGUAGAAUAUAUAAAUUAAGUCAUUUCAAUGAACCAACCUGAACUGAACACAUUUUUGAUGUAGUGCUGUUUCAUUUGUAAGACAUUACCCAGCUAUGUAGGAGGUGUAAGGCAUUACUCAAAGGAAACACAGUCCAUUAUUGCUACUUAGGCUGAUGUUUGCUUUUGUCAUUUCAAGGUAUUUCAGUUUCUGCCAUGGCAUGACAUGAGAACAACCGCCACUAGUUCCCUUAUGCAAAAAUAAAUUUUUCGUGAACGUAGUCUUGUAGUGAUUCCUCAGAAGAUUAGUUGUAACUUCUCUAUGGCUGAAGAUAGCAUUAUAUUUGUGGAACCGUUGCUGAACACAGAAGUGAAACAUAGACAGAUGUUUACUGCAGUUACUAUAAAUUGUCAGGUUUAAUGUCGCUGAAUUUCGAGUUAGAUCAAAUGUGAGUUUGUAGAGUAGCUGGUACCUGACAUUUCUCACUGAUGUGUUACUUCUUCAAAACCUUGAAUGUCAGCAGGUAGACAAUGUAGAUAAUGUUGUUUGUACAUGCAACUGAAGGUGCUGUAAGUUUCAAAGUCCAAACUAUUUUUUAUAACAUUUACCGCUCGCACAUGUGCUGGUGUCACUUCACUAUUCUGCACUUUUCCAUUUUCUUUGUCUGAUUUUGUUGCAGCUCAAGGCUGCGAGUCGUCACAUAACUGUUUCUGAUAGGCGUUACAGUAUUAACAAUUCAUAGUAAGAUGUGAAGACAUAGGUAACUUUCUCAGUUCUGGAUUGACUUCAACACCUUUUUAUGCCUGCAUAUGUUUGCCAUGCACUGUGAAAGAUUUAUUUUUUAAUAAAGAUAUUUCUUAAAGACUUGUGUGUGUUCAGCUAAAACACAUAAAUGCAACUAAGACAGAGGAUCCAAAAUCCUCCUUUCGCAUAUUGUUUUUUGGGUUCUUAAAGA